AAAGGUUUUCUGUCACUCUCUGACUAAUAAAAGUGAAUAAAUAAUACAUAAAUCAUAUUUGAAAUAUACAAUUUUCUUAAAUUAGCAAGCUAUAUGUCAUGUGUCAUGGUCAUUAAUAUUUCUCACUGAAGCAAAGCCAGCUGUAGUUGAUCAUCCGAAGAGAAAUACAGAAGAUGCAAACUAUAAUUAUUUGGAACCUAAGGGUAGUUCGCAGGAGGUUGUGAUCAUUUAUAUUUUCAGAAGUCUGCCCUUCAUCUGUCUGUUAAUGGCAUUCUUUUACCUAAACAGGGACAACAAACAAGUCACAUCAUUACGACCAGCAGUUGAGCAUGCUGUAGAGUUGGGAGUGAGACCAGAUGAAGACCUGGAGGCCGGAGAGACACAGAAGAAUGAAACUGAAGAGGUGAAACAUGGAGAGAAUAUUUCAGAACAGGAGAAAGGUAGGGUCAACAACGAGAAACCUGAAGUAACUGUUGCAACAGAAGAAGAGAAACCGACUGCUGUAGUUGUGAGCAUUGAACAAGGUGCAUCUCCAAUGCAUGACAACGAAAACAAGAGCAUUUCUGUUACGAACACUGAUGAAAAGACACAUCUAAUGCCUGAUGUUGAAGAAGGGACUGUUUCUGUGCUGACUGACUCAGUUUCAGCUCUGUGAGACACAGAGGAAAUGCAGUUAUGGUAUGCUGUUCAGGUCUGUGAUGUCACUUCCUGCAUGAUAGCUUGUUUGCAGACUCAUAAUGGUUUGAAUUCUGAAAGCAGGUGGAAUAAAGUAUGUUAAUGCAUCUUUCUGUAUGAUUGUGUAUGUGGUUGUGUUCAGUCAAGUGUGAGAGCAGUGUUGUGGUUUACGCUGGGCUUCGCUGUGAUAAAUUUAGUUGCAUGGGGAGGGGGUUGAAAAUCUGAGAGUACGAGUGUCUCGUGCGUGUGAAAGGUUGUGCUGUGGGAGUAAAGUAGAGUUGAGAUUCUUUGCAGACGGUCAGAAAUGAAGUGUUCCUCCAGACUCCUGUGUGGACUCCUCAUGUCAUGCCUUUGUUUCAGAGGUUCAUAUGAGGAGCUGUCUGUGAUUCAGAGCCCAUUGAAUAUCACUGUGAAUGAAGGAGAACCUAUUCAAAUCAGCUGCUGCUGGAAUAAAACAAAAGAAGAAAACAAAAAUGUUAAAGUAUUUUGGUAUAAACAUAAUGAAAAAAUACCAGAAGAAAAGCGGCUAUAUCAAAUGCCAUCAAAUAAAAACUGCUCCUUUCUGAAAAUCACAAAUACAGUUAAAAAUGACACCGGAGACUAUGUUUGUAAAGUGAUUCAGGACAUACCAGUUCUGGAGGAAUCUGAGGGACAAAAAACAUACCUGAAUGUCGUUAAAGGUGAACACAGUACUGAGGCAACAACUCAAGGCAAUGCUAGUACAUCUGCCCAAAGCACUCGAACCAAUGGGACUAGCGGCCCCCUUUCACAUUCACCUCCCAUCCUGCCUCUAUCUCUGGCUGCUGCCAUCGGCCUGCUGACCCUCUGCUUGGCCUUCAGUGUGUGCAAGAUGAGAAACUCCUGCAAAAAAUCAGAGCGAGUGGUUAUUCACCAGACGCCACACAGUGAGGGUGAGGAGCAUGAGAACAUGGAAGAAGAAGGUAGCACAGGCUCCUCUCGAGGAUCCCUCCAAUGGUAUCAAGUGCCUGUUUACUGGUCUUACUUUGAUCUACAGAGGGGUGAAGACCAAUGACAACCAGAAAAGAAAGAUGAACGCGAUAUAGCCUACUCUUCACUGCAUUGCAUUUUGCAUUCUCUCUCUUCUUUCAUGAGAACAUCUUUGUAAACAGCAGUAAUUGUAAACAAAAGUAAUUUUAAUCUUCAGAUUCAGUUCAAACUCAUUGAGCUGUUGAUGGUUGUAACAGAAAUGAAUCCCUCUCUUUGUAGCAGCUCUGUUGAUAGUUUUAUACUUAUUUUAAUUUUGUUAGAUUUUUUAUAUGAGUCUUUUUAAAUUAAAGUGUGUCAUACAGACAUGCAUGGUAUACUACUUGGAUGUCAUGCCCUGACAGAUGCAAUUCAGCCAUGUACAAAAGUACCACACUCUGCCUGUCCUAAAGUUUUCUCUGUGUCUAACUGUGAAAAGUUUUAUAGUAAAGACUUUUGUACUGUACAGAUGUCGGAUGUGCCUUUCAGCCUUCUUAGAAAUGUUUCUCAGACUUCAUUCUGACACUUUCAUAGUGUGGUUUCAUUUGCCAUUUACAAUAAAAGCCUGUGAAAACCA